UGGUUAGGAAGGUGAGUGGCGCUUUUAAAGGAAAAGCUCCAGUCAAAAGUCAGCUGACGUGCGGGGAGAGCAGCAGAUCAUCGCUCCCUCCCUGCAGGAUUCGCCUGUGGAGUGAACGUUACAGGUGGAACACCAGGGUGGAAACGUAAACAGUGACAGUACUUUUACUUCCGAGAGACCUGUGCCUCAGCUGCGGGUGAACAAGGGUUGAGGCGUGGAACUGUAGUGUGUUUUAUAACUGAUUCUGGAGCAGGUUUUACUGGAUUUACUGGAAGAAGAAAAAGAAGCUUUAUAUACACGAAAGCGGUACCAGGAAAAUGAUCUCCUCCAGCACCCUUCACCUGUAGGUGGGCAAAAUGGCUUCUUCGCCCCCUUCCAGAGAGCAGACCAGCAGCUCAUUGGCGCUACACUGGAGGCUAACUCCUACAUAGAUAGCAACAGAACCAGGACUCUCCCUCUACUGUGGAUCUGUACCUCUUUCUGCCUUUACCACUUUUUGUAUGAACUGCUAUUAAACACGACUUGCGGCAGUGGCGCACAUGUCCAGGGCCACUAAUUCAACUGGAAAGAACCACAUCUGGACCAAGACCUCGGACCAUGACGCGUCACUGAGAACGUGGUGCGGGCCGAGUCGGGCUGUACAGCUGUUUUACACUCUGAACCAUGUCCCUUCUCUCAGUCCUAAACAUCAUCUGCGCAGCGAUGCUCCAUGUGUCAAAUGGCGCACUCAACACUCACUACUGUGUGCCACGAAAGACCGUCCUUUACCAGAAUGAGUUUAAGUUGUUCCGAGAGGACGGGAUCUCCAAUUACUCCACUAUGUUAAUGAGAGAUGACCUUGGGCUGCUGCUGCUAGGGGCCAGAGAGGCUGUCUACGCCUUGGACAUCCAUAACAUUUCGGUGAAAAAAGCUGCGGUGUACUGGAGGGUUACUGAGGAGAAGCAGCGGGAGUGCACAUACAAAGGAAAGCAAGCUGAGGUGGAAUGCCGGAACUACAUUCGAACCCUGCACAAAGUGAAUGAUACCACCAUGUAUGUGUGCGGCACCAACGCCUUUAGCCCCACCUGUGACUACAUCACAUUUAUUGAUGGAGAGCUGAGGCUGCAGGCAAAGCUGGAGGAGGGAAAAGGGAAGUGUCCUUUUGAUCCCUACCAGAGAUACUCCUCACUCAUGGUUGAAAAUGACCUGUAUUCUGCAACCUCCCUCAACUUCUUGGGCUCCGAGCCAGUGGUUCUGCGUAGCUCCAACCUGGCUCUUCGCACUGAGUUCAAGAGUUCCUGGCUCAGUGAGCCCAACUUUGUCUUCAUGGAUCUGGUGAAGGAGGGUUUUGAGAGCUCAACUGGGGAUGAUGAUAAGGUGUAUCUCUUCUUCAGCGAGAACGCCAUGGAGUACGAUUUCUACAGCAAAGUUGUUGUGUCACGAGUGGCCCGAGUCUGCAAGGGGGAUAUGGGUGGCCAGAGGACGCUUCAGAGGAAAUGGACUUCGUUUCUGAAAGCUCGUCUGGAUUGUUCCCUUCCUGAACCCAGCCUGCCCCCCAUUGUCCUGAAGCAUGAAGACUGGAGGGAGAAUGUCUUCUACGCUGUCUUCACCCCACAGUCCGGCCUGUCCCAGGCGUCUGCGGUGUGUGCCUACAGCAUAUCUGCCAUCAGAGACAUUUUCAAUGAAGGAAAGUUCAAGACACCGGUCGCCGUCGAGACUUCCCAUGUAAAGUGGGUGAUGCACACCGGAGACGUUCCUGUCCCCAGACCAGGAGCGUGCAUCGACAAUGUGGCGCGGAACUUGGGGAUGAAUCGAUCCCUGGACCUUCCUGACAAAACCCUUCAGUUCAUCAGAGACCGCCCCCUCAUGGACGACGCUGUUCGUCCUCUGACCGGAAGGCCGCUACUGGUCAAACAAGGGCCUCUGUUGACCCGGAUUGUAGUGGACAGUGUGUUGGCACUGGAUGGAAAGAGAUAUGCUGUCAUGUUCAUUGGCACUGAAAAUGGCUACAUUCAGAAAGCUGUUAACUAUGCUGGAGAAAUGUUCAUCAUUGAAGAGAUCCAACUCCACGAGAGUCCCAUGCCUAUCAACAUCCUUCGCCUCUCGUCACCUAUGGGGCAGCUGUACGCGGGCUCAGAGUUCAGCGCAGUCCAAAUACCAGUCAGUAACUGCAGCCGCUACCACACGUGCGUGAACUGCGUCCUGGCCAGGGAUCCUUAUUGUGCCUGGGUCUUCUCCACGGGGCAGUGCUCCUCGGUGUACAACUUAGCCCCAGUCUCAAAUGCUGCAGUCCAGAGCCUGACGGAGGGAGACACCUCACGGUGUCCUUCGCAAGGUCCUGUCGCCGCUCUGAACCUAACACUGGUUCUAGGGAACAACAUCCAACUGCCCUGCCAGCUCCUCUCCAACCUGGCACAGGUCCGAUGGCGUUUCUCUGACCGGAGUCUCCUUUCUGACCAAAAAUACUACAUCUACAGCGGGGGCCUGCUGAUCCUGAGGGCCAGCGAGUCAGAUGCUGGUGUUUAUAGUUGUGACUCGGUGGAGGAGAUUAAGGGCAGGAUGUACAACCAAACUGUAGCGGUUUAUCGUUUACAGCUUCACUCUGGAACAGAAACGGGGGUCAGCAGCACUCCUGGCAAUGAGGCGACAAAUUCCUCCAUCUCUGCUCACACAGCUGCGCCGGGACUGCAGGACUUAAAUGUGACCAGUGAGGACCCGCUGUCCCCUGAGACUCUCAAUGAAACAGUCAGUGUAACAGGAUUGGAGGUGGCUGUUGCUCUGCUCUCACUGAUUUGUCUCUGCCUGCUUGCAGUCUUACUCUUCCACUGGAAUCAAAGACGCUGGAAAUGUUUAAAGUGUGUUCCACCACUCCAGAGCCAAAAUGACAUUGCAGACAAAGAGCACACGUGCGAGUACAUGCACAUCCCCAACAGGAGCUCAGAGGUAAAAAUGCUGGGGUCUGAUAAACCGUACACCGCCAACAAUAAUCACACGGCUGUCGACUUCAAAAGGAACGGGGAGCAACACUUCACACCCAGGCCCCACAUUUCAAGUGUGGGUGGUCUUGGAUACAUUAAUGAUGAGUCAGAGAUUUGACUGUGCUCAGGUGUAGAACUCUGAGAAUGAGACCUUUUUCAGGAACCAUUUUCACAUUAGAAACCCUUCGGCUCCUGUUUCUCUCGUUUUGUUUCUCGUCAUCCUGUCAUUUUUGCAGUCUUCCCUGGCAGCUGGUGAAAACACGUGUACUCCUUGUCUCUAGGAAAUUGUCGAAUAAGACGUUGUUAUGCAGUACUUUAUGUAUUUUUGUAAAAUGACUUUAUGUGAAUAUGAUGUGUGUAAUAUAAUAUGUACAGCCAAAACUUUAAAAAGACUAUUUAUUUGGAACGGUGAUGUUUUAUACCGGGUGUGAAAGACGCUGAUCAUGUUUCCAGUUGCAUUUCAUGUUAUGGAUCUUUACCUUAGACCACGUUCAUGGGACACACCACUGUCUUUGGACAACUGAUUCAAACCAGGUUUCAUUCCUCAUUGGCUGAUAAAGCAUGAGCCACUGCUGUAUUCUCAUGUUUAACCAUUCACAUGUCCGACCUUAGGAAAUACUGGGUGAACCUCCAAUCAAGAUACAUUAACACUGUGUCCAGCCAAUCAGAGCUGUUUGCAUUAAUGUUAAUUAGUGUGCAGUAAUGUCAGUAAUGUCUUAUAGAAACACUGCUGUUUUCAAGAUCAAGUGCAAAAACAGGCAGGGGUGUCAAACAUACGGCCCGCAGGCCCAAACCAGCCCACCAGAGUGUUUUAAAAAAAAAAAAUUACACAAACACUUCCUGUUUGUAAAAUUAUAUUUCAUUAAGUAUGAAUAAAUAUAUAAUACUGUAUACUUGCACUUCUUUGCAUGAAAACAAAGGGGGUACAAAACAUGGACUUGUUAUUUAUACUUAAUUAUGUUACAAUUGGUAAAUUAGGUGGUAUGUGGCCCGUGAACCAAAAUGAGUUUGACACCCCUGUUCUAAGGCAUCACAUGCCGGUAGAACUUUACAGGUAUGGGCUUAGAGUAUGAAGAAAAAACAUACUUGCUCAGAAUGAUAAUAACAUAUUUUGAUGUGUACGUGUUUGUCAUGUUCAUGUUUGAAAGACAGUAAGGUUUGGAAUGCAUUUUGAAAAAACAAACUCACAUGCAAAUGCACCGGGGCUGCUUGAUUUGCCUAUUACUGUAGUAUAUACCAAUGUACUAUACAUAGAUAUGGUUCUGUGGAGGCCAAUUUAGACUAUAUGUUUAUAUAUAUAUAUAUAUAAUUAAUUAUUCUUAUAGGUGUCUUGACCUUUAGCCAACAGUCAGUGUACCAGGGUUGUUUUACACCUAACCUAUUAUAAUAAAAUGAAUGAAAGGAUAAAAAAAA